AUGUUUAUCACUCUGAUCGACUCGGUAAGAGGAUCNNNNCCAGUCCCUCAUGCUGGUUUCGGAUUGUUACCGAAACAUGAUCCAGAAUCACCAUAUGUAUCGAUAAUAGAACAACUUCUCUCACAGAAGCUUAUCGAGACUACCAAAUCCAUGCGUUUGCGAGUUACCGGCUUCUCCGUGGGAGGUAGCGAGUAUCCUGUAAUGGUCGUGAACGAUCGUGGUAUCCUUGAUACUGGAGCAGAGUGCAUAUUCAUACCUAUUCAGGGUCUAGAUGGUUCGGACGUCAAGGUGAAGAUCCCCUCUGAUGCAUAUGUGGAUAUUAGAACGGAUGCUCAAGGGCAAGCUUAUUGUCGCGUACUUCUUAAUGUGACUGAUUAUGCUGUAUGGGGUGUUGGACUCCCUAGCUUCAUUGGACGUUAUUUCUUGUAUGACUGGAAGAAUAAUAAGAUAGGUAUUGGUGAACUCAAGUAG